AUUCGCAAAGGCACUGCACCAUCCUUCGGGCGUUGCCAGAUCAAUGCACUUGUUGCCAGGACAACAUUUUUUAAAAAAUGUCAAAACAAAACGCAUUUCUUCUAGUACUUUUUUCCCCGUGCAAUGCGCUUGCCGCAAAUCUUUCUCAGUUGGCACAAACGUAUCCUGCGAAUGUUUGAGAAGAGCACUGAAGGCGGGGAUAAUGCCACGCCCAGCAUUCAGGACAUUGCCGGUCGAUUGGCAGAGGAACAGCAGCGACUGCGGCAACUGGAGGCCACCUCAAUGCCCAAAGAGAGGACAUUGCUGGUGCUGGGCAGCAAAUGUGUGGGAAAAUCGACGGUCAUCAACAAGUUCUUCGAUCGGGAAGAGCACACAACGCGUCCUACUUUGGCCCUGGAAUACAGCUUUGGUCGUCGGAUCGGCAGUGGAAGGUCGCCCCAGGUCAUGAACGUGUGGGAGCUGGGCUCCCUGGACAAUGCCGAUCAGCUGCUGGAGGUGCCCAUGCGGACACACGGACUCCAGCAGCUGGCGGUCUUCAUUAUGGUGGAUCUGUCGCAGCCGCAGCGCUUCUGGACGGAUCUGGAGUGCGCCUACAAGGGCCUGAGGGACACAUCUCAGGAGCUGUUGGCACGAAUGACACCUGAGCUGAGGGAAACCCUGGAACAGCGGACACUGGAGCGCGUGGGGCACCAGAAUAAGGAGGAUCUAGGAACUCUAGAACUCCUGCCCUUUCCCGUAGUGAUUGUGGGAGGGAAGUACGAUGUGUUCAUGGCUCUGGAUCCAUCUUUAAAGAAGGCCAUCUGCCGAUGCCUGCGCUCUAUGGCCCAUCACAUAGGUGGGGCGCUGCUCUUCUACUCCCAGAAGGUUCCGAAGCUCUCGAAGGUCCUGCGGGACACCAUCAGUCACAUGGGCUUUGGCUCUCCCAGUCAUCCCUUUCGGUCGCACGUGACGGACCACAAUGAGCCGCUGUCCAUCUGGUUUGGCACCGACAGUUGGUCGAGAAUCGGCGACACGGGAGCACAGAGUGUGGAGCGAAUCGGAGCCACCUUUGGGGUGGCAGUCCCCCAACUGCAGCUGGAGAAGCAGCUGCAACAGGUGCCCCAGGAUCCGGCUAAGGAUCCAGGCUUCAAGGAGUCCCUCAUCGAUGAGAUGCGGGCCCAGAAGAACGAAGAACUUGCUACCAUAAUGAGGGAUGUCCUCCUCAGGGGAAAGUUUGAAAGUGUUCAAAACUAAAUCUAGAAAUCCGUUCUCUAAAUCUCAUUGUAACUCCUCUCCUCUCUGUAUUGUUUGUUCGGUACCGUGUGGUGUCUUAUACGCCUAUCAUGGAGUCCAUCCCAACAAAAGGCCGCGUUAUCAAGAUCUUGGGGCGCAUUGGGGCUCGUGGUUAUCAAACUGAAGUCCGCGUGCAGCUACUGUCUUAUCCACGCAUUCAAUUUCUGCAAAAAGUUAAGGGUCCAGUCCACCUGGGGGAUGUCGUCAAUGUGGAGGACAGUAAGCUGGAGCAUAUCUCGUGGCAGUCAUAGAUUUCCAGUCCCUUAGAUUACAAAUGCGUCAUAGAAGCAAUUUUGAAGAGAGCUUUCAGCAGAGAGGACCACACGCUUCAAUGGAAAUCCGCAAAUUCACCUAAAACUUUGUUUAAUUACAAAAAUUUGUUUAUAAUUGGCCAAAAAUUCCACAAUAAAAUAGUGACAGAACUAAUAAAAGAACGAAACUAAAUUUCGGAAGUUCUUGAAUUCAAAUUUGCCGCCUUUUAUGGCAGACUGGCAGCACCUUUCAACAAACAGCUGCGUUUUUUGCCAUUCCCUUUUACGCUGUCAAUGUACCGUUUUGUGGUGGAAGAAGCUCCAGGGCAAAAAGGUUUACAAUUUCAAAAGCACCCCAAGCGCUCUGUAUCGUCUCUCUCUGUCUCACUCUGAGUCUCUAUCGCUCCCUCUCUGUUGCGGGCUCCAAACGAACGCCAGGCGUCGAGGUCGACUGCGUUUCCUCGGUUCCCCAAUAUUCGGUCUCGGCUGGCGUUGUAGUCGUAGCUCCAGUUGCUGGUGCGCUGUGCUCCACGUCGCGUCGCUUCGAUCUCUCUCGCUCUCCAUCGCUUGGCGGCACCAACGUGUCUGUGUGUGAGUGUGUGUGUGCGUGUGUGGUAGCGUGUGUGCGUGUUGGCCAUUUGCGUUUGCUGUAAAUCUCUGGCAAAACUCCGGCUGCAAACACCAACAAAUAUUCUAAUUAAUACUAAAAUAAACCAUGUGAGCCGUGCCUCAGGCCUGGAGAGCAGCAGCCCAAAAAUCAAAGUUAAAGCCGCCUCCACUCCGUUGCCUUUGCGUGGCGUUGAUUUCCCCCUCCCAAAUAAAAGAAAAGAAAACUUCGGCUCGUGAAGUUUUUGUAUUUUGUUGGCGUUGUGUAAUCACUCUCCGAGAGUCGCCCCGGAGUUGGAGUUUAUUUGCCUUUUGUACUUGUAGUUUUUUCGUAUUUCGUUUCGGCAUAAAAAAUAUUUUUAAAUUGCCUUAAAGCUUGUGUUGUGUCGUGUGUGUGUACAAACAAAAAAACAAAAAAAAACGCUGACCCCAAAACUUCACUUCAACUUUAAAACUUCACUUCACAAAAUAGAUAUUCCCUAAGCAGAGGCGAAAUUCAAUCACAGCACUACAAGGCACAUACAAAUUAGAACAAUUUUAAGGAAUAAAGAAUAAGGAAAAAUAAUAAUAAUUCCCUGAUAAAACAGCCGUAAAUCUAGGAAAUAAUUCUUGAAAAUCAUUCCUAAAUGAAUCAGUAAUAAAUUUACAACGAAUCAACAGAAAUAUCAAUAUUAUUUCCCUCAAAAUACUAAAGGAUCAUCGUAACAAAACGAUUAUAAAGAAAUUAAACGACCAUCAAU